GGCGGCGGCGGCGGGCGGUGGCGGCGGGAGGCCGCCGGGUGCCGCCGGCGGCAGCCCGGAACUGGCGGCGCGUCCGUCCGUCCGGCCAUGGUGCAGAUCGCGACGGUGAAGACGCGGCCCUACGGCGACCAGAAGCCCGGCACCAGCGGGCUGCGCAAGCGGGUCGCCGUCUUCCAGAGCAAUGAGCACUACGCCGAGAACUUCGUGCAGAGCAUCCUGGAGGCCGCCGUGCCGCCGGCCGAGCGCCAGGCCGCCACCCUCGUCGUCGGCGGCGACGGCCGCUUCUACAUGACGGACGCCGUGCGCCUCAUCGUCCGCAUCGCCGCCGCCAACGGGAUCGGCCGCUUGGUCAUCGGGCAGAACGGCAUUCUCUCCACCCCGGCCGUGUCCUGCAUCAUCAGGAAAAUCAAAGCCAUUGGCGGCAUCAUCCUGACAGCCAGUCACAACCCUGGUGGGCCCAAUGGCGACUUCGGUAUUAAAUUCAACAUUGCCAAUGGAGGUCCUGCUCCUGAAGGCAUUACGGACAAAAUUUUCCAAAUCAGCAAGAAAAUUGAAGAGUAUGCAAUCUGCCCUGAUCUCCAGGUGGACCUGGGUACCAUUGGAAAGCAGCAGUUUGACUUGGAGAACAAAUUUAAACCAUUUACAGUGGAAAUUGUGGACUCGGUCGAAGCUUAUGCGAAUAUGCUGCGGAACAUCUUUGACUUCAGUGCACUAAAGGAACUGCUUUCGGGGAAAAACCACCUCAAGAUUCGCAUAGAUGCUAUGCAUGGAGUUGUGGGCCCUUAUGUAAAAAAGAUCCUGUGUGAAGAGCUCGGAGCCCCAGCAAAUUCAGCUGUGAACUGCACGCCGCUCGAGGACUUUGGCGGCCACCAUCCCGACCCCAAUUUAACCUACGCUGCCGACCUGGUCCAGACCAUGAAGACGGGAGAGUAUGACUUUGGAGCUGCCUUUGACGGAGAUGGGGAUCGGAACAUGAUUCUUGGGAAACACGGCUUCUUUGUGAACCCAUCCGACUCUGUCGCCGUCAUCGCUGCCAAUAUUUUCAGCAUCCCGUACUUCCAGCAGACCGGGGUCCGCGGCUUCGCGCGGAGCAUGCCCACCAGUGGGGCUCUCGACAGGGUGGCCCACGCUACAAAGAUUGCUUUGUACGAAACUCCAACGGGCUGGAAGUUCUUUGGGAACUUGAUGGAUGCAAACAAACUGUCUCUGUGCGGAGAGGAAAGUUUUGGUACUGGCUCCGACCACAUCCGUGAGAAGGACGGGCUGUGGGCCGUCCUGGCGUGGCUCUCCAUCCUGGCCGCCCGCAAGCAGAGCGUGGAGGACAUCAUGAAGGACCACUGGCAGAAGUACGGCAGGAACUUCUUCACCAGGUACGACUACGAAGAGGUGGAUGCAGAUGCAGCUAAUAAAAUGAUGAAGGAUUUGGAGACUGUGAUGUUUGACCGCUCCUUCGUGGGGAAGCAGUUAUCGAGUGGUGACAAAGUCUACACGGUUGAGAAGGCUGAUAACUUUGAGUACAGUGAUCCCGUUGAUGGAAGCGUCUCCAGAAACCAGGGCUUGCGGCUCAUCUUCUCCGACGGCUCCCGCAUCAUCUUCAGGCUCAGCGGCACUGGCAGCGCUGGAGCAACCGUGCGGCUCUACAUCGACAGCUACGAGAAAGAUGCGCAGAAGAUACACGAAGACCCCCAGGUCAUGUUGGCACCUCUCAUUUCCAUCGCGUUGAAACUUUCACAACUUCAUGAAAGAACUGGCCGCACCGGUCCGACUGUCAUUACGUAGACUCGGUCCUGAUGCCACACCAGCGUGGCCGGCUGUGCUCCCCAUGGAAGGGAAGUCAGCCUGUCUCCCCUUUUAUUAUCAAAUCUGUUACUAAAAAAAAUAUUAAUUUUAUCUCUGUGUUUAAGAACACUACUGAACCGCUAAGGAUAGACGGUAAAAACCAGCCCUCUGUCAGCACUUUGUGGGCACAUUGCUGUGUUGCUUUUCUGCAUCACGCAGCACUGUUGCUAAUUUGUGUAUGGUCCUCAUUAGCACGGCCGUUCGGCUUAGCAUAUGUGCUUUUUUUAUUUUUUUUUUCCUCGCUUAAACUAAAGGCUCUAGAAAUAACAAAGAGACUAAAUUAUUCAGUAACAGGUUUUUUUUCCUCCAUCAUGGAAGAUUUACUGGAAAAGCAGCACUUUAUCCUUGCUAAUAUAUAGAUUUUUUUUUUUUAAUUUGAUCUCUCUAAAUAUGCAAUGGCUGUGUAUUAUGGCUGAGUAUUUUUCCCUCAUGUGGAUGUUUUUCCUCUUCAAAAACAAAUUAUGUAAAUUGAUCUCUAUUUGCUAUAUGUCUGUAUAGGAAAACACCCCCCCAACCCCUCCACGCAGAAAUGAACAAUCACAAGAAUUGCAGGAUAUUAAAGUGAUACGGGCUACAA